CGCAUUCUCAUUGGUGGGUGACGGUGGCGAACCCUCAGCCGCGGCCAUUUCCAACGAGCUGGCGGGGACAAAAGAUGGCGACGCCCCUCGGGUGGUCUCCGGGGGGCUCAGGCUCUGUGUGCCUCGCCUUCGACCAACUGCGGGACGUAAUUGAAUCUCAGGAGGAACUGAUCGACCAGCUGAAGAAUGUGAUGGUUCUCCAGGAUGAAAAUUUUGUCAGUAAAGAAGAAUUUCAGGCCAUGGAAAAGAAGCUAGUGGAAGAGAAAGCUGCCCAUGCCAAGACCAAACUCCUUCUGGCCAAGGAAGAGGAGAAGCUGCAGUUUGCCCUUGGAGAAGUGGAGGUGCUGUCCAAGCAGCUGGAGAAAGAGAAGCUGGCCUUUGAAAAAGCGCUCUCCAGUGUCAAGAGCAGAGUCCUACAGGAGUCCAGCAAGAAGGACCAGCUUAUCACCAAGUGCAGUGAAAUUGAGUCUCAUGUUACAAAACAAGAAGAUAUACUUAAUGGCAAAGAGAAUGAGAUUAAGGAGUUGCAGCAAGUUAUCAGCCAGCAGAAACAGAUUUUCAGGAAUCAUAUGUCUGACUUCCGGAUCCAGAAGCAGCAGGAGAGCUACAUGGCCCAGGUGCUGGACCAGAAGCAUAAGAAAGUCUCAGGGAUGCGGCAGCCUCACAGCCACCAGCGCCUCAGGGAAAAAUAAAAUGGUCGUCACUUUCCUUUUUUUUUUUUUUUUUUUUUUGGCUAAAAUGCCCAACUUCUGUCUUCUCUGCUAUAGGAAGCCCCCAACCCUUCCUUAUCCAUCCCUGUGGGUCACCUCACUCCAAAGCUGACCUCCAGAGAAGGGGUGGGGGAAAAAGGCAGUAGCCACUGCUGCUUGCUUUCCUGUUGCCAGGGCCUCAGUGACCUAAGUCAGAGUCAAAACACCAAAGACUGCGUGAGGGACAGGCCUUUUGCCACCACUUGCUAGAGUACUUCUGGGCUCUGUAGGAAAUGCUGCUCAAACUUCUGGCCCCAGCUACUUCCCUCCCACAGGCCAAAGGGUCUUUUGGAGUGAGGCAGGGCCUUUGUCGUGUAGUGAGCACAACCCAUUACUUGAAGUGUUUAAUUCUUUUCUCCCUGGAACAGCCCUGGGUACCCUAGCAACAUCCCAUCAGACCCAUAGUUCUCCAGUAAAUUGAACUCUUUCAACUGGGGUAUAAGGCAGGAUUGGCUCUGUGUGUGUGUGUGUGUGUGUAAGCCCUAACCCAAUGUGUGUGUGUGUGUGUGUGUGUGUGUGUGUGUAAGCCCUAACCCAACUAUUUCAAAAGACAAUCUGGGAGACCAAUCAUCAUCACA